AGCAGAUGUAGGCUUGAUUUCUUGUUAAGCUACUGCUAAUCUGGUAACUAGAUGCGUUGCGGUGUGGGAAAAGAAAGUGUCCGUGGGUGUGGAAUCCGGAUAUCGAUGGAGAUGAAUGGAGAGCUUUCUCAAUAGGAAAGCCAGCCUUCCUUCAGAAACUUGCCUUUGAUUACCUCAGCUUCCGGCUGGACCGCAGGGAGAUUGGGUGUGUAUCAUCGAGAUGGCCAAACGCAGAUCGAGUAUCGCGCAUACAACACCGCUUACCUAGUGCAGUGGUAUCAAGUUUGUAGGUAUGUUUCUUUUGUUGCUUCCAGUCUUUCACUCUCUUUUUCUUUAUUUCAUUCUUUGCCUUGGACGAAAGAGCUCUGCAGUUUGCGAUUCAAGCAUUGUACCAAAUAGGCAAAUGCCUCCAAAAAUGGCUACAGGUAGGUCGUAUUCGUAUUUCAGAAACGGAAACAUCCGACAAACGAACAAGCUCUGUCGUUUGGUAACUAGUAGUAUUUCCAAGGCAGCAGUUGGCGAUAGCCGCUCUAACAAAGCUCCCUGUCAACUGCCUCUUCAGCUGUCUGCUUCGUCUCUCUUGGUUGCACAUGGGGAAAUAUUAGUUGACGCCUUUAUUGCCGCCUUUGGAGAGAGCGCUGCAUGGUAAGGUUCUAUCCAGCAAAAAGAAGAAAAACCUCGAGUACCCAUUUUGGUGCGGAUUACAAACGUUUGCUCCGAAUCUGGUUUUACGCAUCAGAAGUGUAUGUUGACGAGGCUGCAUGCUUCGUUGACUGUGACGUAUGGCAGCGCACUGAACGCCCAGCUAGAGGCGGGAAAAGAAUGUUUUACGAGUCAGCAGCAGCAGCAGCAGCAGCAGCGUUUGGGCUCAGAUGAAGUGUUGCUGGCACCGUUUGGGGGGGUUUUAAAGGCACGCGAUUAUUAAUUGGAGCGAGGGCAGAUUUUGCCGUUUACGGGAAUUCCAGGGCGCCGGUAGCAUGGAAUCUGGGAAACGGAGAGCCAAAGAGAUGUCGUUUGUCGUUUAGAGGCGUUGUCAGCAUCAGCGGAGACACUCUGUUGACAACUUCAGUGAGUAGCCUGG